AUGGCAUUGAAUAGAAUUCAAUUGGUGAAGGGGCUAGAGGAUGUGACAGUGUGUGAGAAAGAAGUAUGCACCUUUGAGGUGGUCCUGAGUCAUGCUUACAUCCAGGGUCAGUGGACCAGGGAUGGAGUCCCAUUUAAAUCCAAGCCUGUGUGUCGAAUUGCCACACAGGGGAAAAAGCACACUCUCACACUGACGAGGGUCACAGUUGCUGAUUUGGGCCUCAUCCGCUUCAAGGCUGAAGGAAUUGAAACCUCUGCUAUGCUUACAGUCACAGCCAGAGAUAUAAAGAUUGUAAAGGAUCUUAAGAAUGCCAGUGUGACUGAGAGGGAGAGCGUGACAUUUAUCUGUGAGGUUAACUGGGAAGAUGUGGAUGGGAAGUGGUACAAGGACGGCAGCCGUUUGAGAGCUGGGGACAAUGUUAAAAUAAGAUGUGAGGGUAAAAUACACUCCCUAACCUAUAAAUCAGUAAAACCUGAAGAUGCUGGUGAGAUCAGAUUCACCGCUGAAAGGGUCUCCUCAACAACAACACUACAAGUCAAAGAGCUUCCAGUUCAUAUCGUGAAGCCUCUGAAGGCGAAGAUAGCCAUGUACAAACAUUGUGCCUUGCUGGAGUGUCAGGUCUCCCGUGCCAAUGCCGUGGUUAAAUGGUACAGAAGAAACCAUGAAAUUGUGCCAAAUAGGAAGUACCAAACUAUCAGUGAAGGCGUGUACAGACAACUCAUCAUUGAUGAUGUAGGAUCCUCAGAUGAAGACACUUUUAUCUGUGAUGCUGUUGAUGAGAGGACUUCCUGCCAGCUGUUUGUAGAGGAGCAAGCCAUCAGCAUUUUGAAAGGACUGAGUUCUGUAGAGGUCAUGGAGCCUAAAGAGGCACGUUUUAAAGUGGAAACCAGCAUUAAAUUGGAGAGGGCACCAAAAUGGACCCUGAAUGGAAGGCUACUAAGUCCCUGUUCAGAAAUCAGGAUUGAGAGGCAAGGAACCUCAAAUAGACUUAUUUUCACUCAAACUGACUGUAGUAUGUGUGGCAUUGUGCAGUUCACCUCAGGGAAGAGCAAAUCAGAGGCUCAGCUCACAGUUACAGAGCGCCCCUUGAUUGUCACACGGCCCAUUUCAGACGUGGAGGUGAAAGAGAAUGGCUCAGUUACUCUCAGUUGCGAUUUCUGUCCAUCCCCCAGAGUGGUGCGCUGGUUCAAGGGUAGAACCCCCUUGUUUGCCUCCAAUAAACAUACAAUGAAGCGGGAGAAGAACCGAGUUGAGAUGACCAUCCAGGGUGUGAAGGCAAUAGAUUCAGGAGAGUAUCGCUGUCUGGCUGGUGGUUCAGAGACAAGAGGAAGAGUAAAUGUGGAAGUGAAAAGGUUGAAAAUCAUAAGACACUUGGAUCAAGUAGAGGUCGAGGAGGAUGGAACGGCAGUAUUUAGUUGUGAACUGAAUUAUGAGUCUCCUAGUGUCCAAUGGCUUCUCAAUGACAGAGUGAUGCACACCAAUCACAUAAACAAAAUCCAGAAUUUUGGAAAGGUGUACAGUCUGAUCCUAAAACGACUUACCCCUCAAGAGAGCCGUGUAACGUUCAAAACCUUUGAUAUCUGCGAGUCUGUGUUCCUACGAGUCAAAGAGAGGCCAGCAGUGUUCAUCAGAUCAUUGGAGGAUGUAGCAGGUGAGGAGCUUGGUGAAAUUCGUCUGCAGUGUGAGGUUUCCAAGAAAUUGAUAACACCUGUCUGGAGGAAAGAUGGUGCAAUUCUAACAGCCAAUGAGAAGUAUGAGAUUCUCCAAGUGGGGAAGUCUUUGACUCUUAUUGUUCGCAAACUUAAAAAGGACGAUGGUGGGGAGUACACAUGUGAUAUAGGCUCCAGUCAAACCAAAGCGAAAGUCAUAGUUCGUGACCUGCGUAUUACCAUUGUCAAACGCAUAAGGACAACAAAUGUAUUGGAGGGGGAAAACUGCAGUUUUGAGUGUGUUCUGUCCCAUGAUAUCAUUGAUGAAGCAUUGUGGAUCUUGAAUGGACAACUGAUUGUCAGCAAUGGACGGAUCAUAGUUGCUAACAAAGGGAGGAAAUAUAUGAUGAACAUUCAGGAAGUGAUGAUAUCUGAUGCUGGGGAAGUGGUCUUUACCGUCAAAGAUCUCAGUUGCAGGACUAUGCUGUUUGUCAAAGAGAAGCCUGUGAGAGUGUUUCGGGAUAUGCUAAAUGUUAAAGCAACACCUGGCGAAGAUGCAGAGCUUAGCUGUGAGAUCACCAAACCUGACGCAACAGUUAAGUGGUUGAAAAAUGGCAGAUUAAUUAGAGUCAGCCCAAAAUACGAAAUUACCCAAAAGGAUUAUCUUGUGAAGCUUAUCAUCCAUAAUGCUGCCAUAAUGGACUCAGGAGAGUACUGUUGUGAGGCUGAUGGGAUUGCUACAAGGGCGAGAUUAGAUGUCAGAGACAUACAACAUACAUUUGCAAAGGAACUGAAAGAUUUGCAUGCAGAGGAAAAGGGCAUGGUGAUCCUGGAGUGUGAAACCAGGAGGCCUGCCACCACCGUGACCUGGUUAAAAGGCCUGAUGGUGCUCAGCUUGGGUCAGAAGUACCUGAUGAAGAAGAAAGAUGUUGUUCUUUCUCUCACAAUCUUCAAUUUAGAUAAGAGUGACAGUGCCAUCUACACCUGUGAUGUUGGGACAAUGCAGAGCAGGGCAUUACUCACAGUUCAAGGACAAAAAGUUAUCAUUUUGGAUGAGCUCGAAGAUAAAGAGUGUCUUGAAGGAGAUACCGUUGUCUUUAAAUGUCGGAUUUCCCCAAGUGACUACACUGAUGUUAAAUGGUACCUGGAUGAGACCUUGCUCUACACUAAUGAUCUCAGUGAAAUCAAGAUGAUGCCUGCUGGCUACCAUACUCUUACCUUCAAGCAGCUUGCGCGCAGAGACACUGGCACCAUCUCUUUUGUGGCUGGAGACAAAAGAUCAUAUGCAUCACUAUUAGUUAGAGAGAGACGCCCCACAAUAAUUAAAGCGCUGGAGGACACAGAGGCAAUCGAAGAAGGAAGUUUGGUGCUGUUAUGCAAGUCCUCAAAGCCGUGCCAUAUUGUCUGGUACAAGGAUGGCUGUCUAGUCUGGAGUUCCUCAAAAUAUGCAGUCAGUCGAUCUGGAAAUGAGGCCAAGUUGGUCAUCUGUGAUGUGAAAGAGAGUGAUGCAGGAGUGUACGAGUGUGAUGUAGGAUCUGUCAGAACUAAAGCCACUGUGACUGUUAAAGCUGUCCCUGCUGAGUUUACAAAACUUCUUCAAAAUCAGGAGGUCAAAGAAGGAGAGAGUGUGACAUUGACAUGUGAAUACUCUAUACCCGGUGUCCAGUUUAUAUGGCGCAAAGGAGCUGAGACACUAAAAUCUGGUGGGAAGUAUAACAUGAAGCAGAGGAAAUCAUGCAUCUCUCUUACGAUACACAAUUUGAAGCCGGAAGACUCAGGGAAUUACACAUGCAUUUGCAGAGAUCAAAGAACUAUGGCAGAUGUAACAGUCAAUGCAGUUCCUAUUUCAUUUAUUAAAGAGCUCAAGAACCAAGAGACAGAGGAGGGUAAAAUUGUGACAUUACGCUGUGAGCUUUCUAAAGCUGGAACCCCAGUGGAUUGGUUGAAAGGGGAAGAUAUUCUCUGGCCUGGUGAGAAAUAUCAAAUGAGACAUAUAGUUACUAUACUGGAGCUAAUAAUCAGAAAUCCAGUGCCUGAGGAUAGUGGAACAUACAGCUGUGUGUGUCAGGACCAAACAACUAAAGCCAUCAUCAAAAUACGAGCUCAACCGAUCACAUUCAAACAGAAGUUAAGAAAUCAAAUGGUUGAGGAGGGAAACAAUACAAUCUUGUAUUGUGAGAUAUCAAAACCAGACACCCCUGUUGAAUGGAGAAAGGGGAAUAACUUGCUCAAGUCCGGAGAGAAGUACAAGAUCAGGCAAAGAGGCUCUGUACUAGAGCUGAAAAUUUUUCAUUUGACGCAAGAGGAUAGUGGAGUCUACAGCUGUACAAGUGGAACUGUUGAGACAUCAGCCAACGUUACCGUUAGCACCCAACUUGUCACUUUCAAAAAGAAGCUGAAAAACCUGGUAGCUGAGGAAGGUAAGACAAUAACAUUGCAAUGUGAGCUUUCUAAAGCGGGUGUCCCAGUAGAAUGGUGGAAUGGAAAUGAUCUUCUUCAGCCUGGAGAGAAGUAUCAGAUAAGAGAAAGAGACACAUCAGUUGAGCUUAUUAUAUGUGAGGCCAUGCCUGAAGACAGUGGAGUUUACAGAUGUGUCUGUGGAGACCAAAAGACAAAAGCUACAAUUAAAAUUGUUGGUGCUCCUGCCACUUUUAAGCAAAACCUUAAGAACCAAGAAGCUUUGGAAGGGGAAUCUCUAAUUCUACGAUGCGAGCUCUCUAAAGCUGGAGUGCCUGUGGAAUGGCAGAGAGGAGAUAAACAGAUCAUAUCUGGGACACGGUACCAGAUGAGGCUGGAUAGAAAGACUGCUGAGUUGGAAAUAACCAAUGUUUUCCUUGAAGAUGCUGGAAUAUACAGCUGUGUGACCGGAGACCAGAAGACCACAGCAGAAGUGAAAGUCAAAGCUCUUCCAAUUACUUUUAAACGAGAGCUUCAGAACCAGGUGUCUGUAGAGGGUGAGAGUGCAAUAUUUAUCUGUGAGCUUUCCAAGCCUGGUGCUCCAGUUGAGUGGAGAAAAGGUAGAGUCAUUCUGACAGCUGGAGACAAAUAUCAAAUGAAGCUGGAGGGACGACUGACCAAACUGGUGAUAAAUCACCUUGUAGAUGGUGAUGCAGGAAAUUAUACCUGCAAAACCAAAGAUGAACAAUCAACAGCUGAAUUGAUGGUUCAAGGACUCCCUGCUACCUUUAAACAAACUCUGAAGAACCAGGAAACUAAGGAGGGAGACAGUGUCACUUUGCAUUGUGAACUUUCUAAGGCUGGAGUGCGAGUAGAGUGGUGGAAAGGAGAAGAAAUGCUCAAAACUGGAGAAAAAUAUCAGUUGAGGCACAAAGAAGCAACAGUAGAAUUGUUAAUAAGGAAAGCACAACCAGAAGACAGUGGAGUUUAUCGCUGUGUAUGUGGAGAUCAGAAGACAGAAGCCACCAUUAAAGUUAAUGAUCUCCCCAUCACUUUCAAACAAGAACUUGUGAAUCAAGAGAGUGAAGAAGGGAACAAUGUCACCUUGCGCUGUGAACUCUCAAAGGCCAGUGCUGAUGUGGAAUGGUUGAAGGGAGAGGAACUUCUUAAGCCUGGAGAUAAGUACCAGAUGAGAAAGAUAGCAGGUAAAGUGGAGCUUGUUAUCAGGAAAGCAGUACCUGAAGACAGUGGAGUCUACUUCUGUGUAUGCCCCAAUCAGUCAUCCAAAGCUAUGGUUAAAAUCAAUGCUCUUCCAAUCACAUUCAAACAAAACUUGAGAAAAAAAGAAGUGGUGGAGGGCAACACUGUUGCUUUGCGUUGUGAACUUUCCAAACCGGGUGCCACAGUGAAAUGGUGGAGGGGUGAAGAGAUGCUGAGACUGGGUGAGAAAUACCUGAUGAGGACUGAGGGAAGGAUUGCUGAACUACUCAUCAAGAAUGUAAACUCUGAGGAUGUUGGCUCAUACAGCUGCUCUAUAGGGAAAGAAAAAACUACAACAGAGGUCAAAGUCAAGGCUCUACCUGUCACUUUUAAACAAGAACUACAAAAUGAAGUAACAAAAGAAGGUGGUCAAGCUGUGUUUAGCUGUGAGCUCUCUAAACCCAGUGCUCAUGUCGACUGGAGAAAAGGAAGAGUCAUUCUCAAGACCAGUGACAAGUAUGAAAUGAAGCAAGAGGGAAGGUUGACCAAACUUGUCAUACACAAUGUGGAAGCAAAUGAUGCUGGAAACUAUUCAUGUAAAACCAAGGAUUCUGAGUCAACUGCUGAGCUAACUGUUAAGGUUCCACCUAUAACCUUCAAAGUUAAGUUGAAAAAUCAGGAAGUUGAAGAGGAAAACACACUCAUCUUGCACUGUGAACUUUCAAAAUCUGGAUGUCCUGUUGAAUGGAAAAAGGGAGAGGAGCUCCUAAGGUCUGGGUACAAAUAUCAAAUCAGGGAGCAUGGUGCUACAAAAGAGCUGAUCAUCAUGAAAGCCAUGCCCGAAGACAGUGGGGUCUACAAUUGUAUAUGUGGGGAUCUAAAGACCGAAGCCACAAUCAAAGUGUUUGCCAUGCCAGUAACAUUCAAACAAAACCUGAAGAACCAAGAGGCCCCAGAGGGAGGUUUAGUUAUUCUGCACUGUGAGCUGUCCAAAGCUGGGGUACCAGUAAUGUGGUGGAGAGGGGAUGAGGAGCUUAGCAAUGGGACUAAAUAUCAGAUCAAGCAGGAGGGAUUGGUUGCCGUGUUACACAUUAAGAACAUCCUUCCUAAGGAUGUUGGGGAAUACAGCUGUAUUGUUGGAGACCAGAAGACCACAGCUGAAGUGAAUGUUAGGGCUGCUGCCUCUGUGUUCUUUGAGAAAGAACUUGAGAGUCAAGAGGCAGUAGAGGGGGAUUCUGUCCUCUUUAGUUGUUUACUCUCUAGCUCCAAUGCCCCAGUGACCUGGAGAAAAGAUGCAAAUCAGAUUACCCAGGGUGGGCGAUAUACCCUGCAUCAUAAAGGUUCCACUCAGGAGCUUGAAAUCAGGAAACUGAGAGCGGAGGAUGCUGGCAUAUACACAUGCAGUGUUAGAGGCAAGAAGACCUGUGCAACUCUCAAAGUGAUAGAACGUGUGAGGAUUGUGAAAGGACUAUGUGAUUUGACAGUUACUGCUGGCGAAAAUGCCCAUUUUGUGUGUGUGCUGUCACACGAGAACAUCCUUGAUGGAGUUUGGUGGCUUGGUUCUAACGUACUGCAGGAGAAUGACAUGAACCAAAUAAGUACCUGUGGCAGAGAACACCACCUUGUGCUCACCAUGACCACACUUGAGGAGUCCGGUAUUGUGUCCUUUGUGGUGGGAAAUGAAAAGACUUCAGGUUAUCUGCGGGUGAACAGCAAACCUAAAGUUUUUAUAGAGGAGAAACUGAAAGACAUUAUCAUUUUUGAGGGAGAUUCUGCCACACUGUCCUGUGUGACUUCUGAUUUUUGCACUCCUGUCACCUGGAAACGAAAUAAUGUAACCCUGCUCCCGGGAGAAAAAUAUAAACCUCUAAAAGAAGGGAAGCGUAAUCUUCUUCUAAUUUACAAAGUCAGAAAAGAGGAUGCUGGGACUUAUAUGUGUGAUACAGGAGAUAUGCAGAGCAGUGCUACUCUUACAGUCAAAGAACGUCCUUUAUUUUUCUGCGGGGAGCUCCAAAACCAAGAAGCAGAAGAGGGUGAGAUUGCUUUCUUGCGCUGUGAGCUGUCUCAACCUGGAGUUGCAGUUGAGUGGAAGAAGGGAGCAGUUCUGCUUAGACCAGGGAACAAAUAUGAGAUGAAGCAGGAUGGAUGUGAGCUACAGCUACAGAUAAAUGAUGUCACAAGUCAGGACAAUGGCGCCUACAGAUGUUGUGCCGAUGGCAUUGAGACAAGGGCCAGCAUUACUGUGAAAGAGCAUCCUUUGUUUUUCUGUGGAGAGCUCCAAAACCAAGAAGUGGAGGAAGGUGAGACAGCCUUCCUGUGCUGUGAGCUCUCUAAAUCUGUAGUGUCAGUACAAUGGAAAAAAGGUGCAAUGCUGCUGAAGCCUGGAAAGAAAUAUGGCAUAAAGCAAGAAGGCAAUGAAUUACAGCUUCAGAUCCAUGACCUCACCUGUCAAGACAGUGGCAUCUACAGAUGCUGUGCUGGCAGCCUAGAAACACGGGCUAAUGUUUUUGUAAAAGAGCAACCUCUGUUCUUCUGUGAAGAACUCCAUAACCAGGAGGCAGAGGAGGGUGAGACGGCCUUCCUGUGCUGUGAGCUCUCUAAACCUGGAAUUGAAGUGCAAUGGAAGAAGGGAGCAAUACGACUGAGGCCAGCAAACAAAUAUGAGAUGAAACAAGAUGGCUGCAAAGUACAGCUUCAGAUACAUGACCUGACAAGUCAGGAUAGUGGCACAUACAAGUGUUGCUUUGGAAGCCUGGUUACUACAGCAUCCAUUGUAGUCAAAGAACAACCUUUGUACUUCAGCAAGACACUUGAGUGUCAAGAAGCAGAGGAGGGAGAAACUGCCUUGAUUUGCUGUGAACUUUCAAAACCUGGAGCAGCUGUACAGUGGAAGAAGGGAACAGUGCUGCUAAAGCCUGGCAAGAAGUAUAAAAUAAAGCAGAAUGGUAUUGAAUUGCAGCUUCAGAUCUGUGAGCUCACAAUUCAAGACAGUGGUGUCUACACAUGUUGUGUUGGUAGUCUAGUGACCUCAGCAUCUCUGGAAGUUAAAGAGCAACCUCUGUAUUUCUGUGAGGAGCUCCAAAGGCAAGAAGUAGAAGAAGGUGAGACUGCCAUAAUGACCUGUGAGCUCUCUAAAACUGGAGUUGCAGUGCAGUGGAUGAAGGGUACAGUGCUGCUUAGACCAGGAAAUAAAUAUAAGAUGAAGGAGAAUGGCUGUAAAUUACAGCUUCUGAUACAUGAUUUGAACAGUCAAGACAGUGGCAUGUACAAAUGUUGUGCUGGUAGCUUGGUGACCACAGCAUCUCUUGAGGUGAAAGAACCACCCAUUGUCUUCAUAGAGGAGCUCCAAAAUCAGGAGGUAGAGGAGGUUAAGACAGCCUUCCUUUGCUGUAAACUCUCAAAACCUGGAGUUGCUGUGCAGUGGAGGAAGGGAUCAUUGCUGAUAAAACCAGGAAGAAAGUACAAGAUGAAACAGGAAGGCUGUCUACUACAGCUUCAGAUACACGACCUGAAAAGUGAAGACACUGGCUCUUAUAAAUGUUGUGCAGGUAGUCUGGUGACAACUGCUUCUCUUGUGGUGAAAGAGCAACCUUUGUUCUUCUGCAAGAAUCUGCAAGGCAUUGAAGCAGAGGAAGGCAAGACAGCCUUCCUGAGCUGUGAACUCUCCAAACCUGGAGUUGCUGUGCAGUGGAAGAAGGGAGCAGUGUUGCUAAAUCCAGGAAACAAGUAUGAGAUUAAACAGGAUGGCUGUCUACUACAUCUCCAGAUAUGUGACUUGAAAAGUCAAGACUCUGGCUCUUAUAAAUGUUGUGCAGGUAGCCUGGUGACAACCGCUUCCCUAGUGGUAAAGGAACAGCCUCUGUUCUUUUCUGAGGAGCUCCAAAACCAAGAAGCAGAGCAGGGAAAAACAGCUUUCUUGAACUGUGAGCUCUCUAAAAAACCUGGAAUUGCAGUGCAGUGGAAGAAAGGAGUUGUGCUGCUGAAGCCUGGUAAAAAGUAUGAGAUGAAACAGGAUAACUGUAAACUACAGCUUCAGAUUCAUGAGCUAACAGCUCAGGACAGUGGGAGCUACAAAUGUUGUGCUGGAACCCUGGUGACUACUUGCUCAAUUUUGGUGAAAGAGCAACCUUUAUUCUUUUGCAAGAACCUUCAAAGCAUUGAAGCAGUGGAAGGUGAAGAAGCUAUCCUAAGCUGUGAGCUUUCAAAACCUGGAGUUGCCGUACAGUGGAAGAAGGGAACAGUGCUGUUAAAGCCUGGAAGCAAGUAUGAAAUGAAACAAAAUGGCUCAGAAUUACACCUUCAAAUCCAUGAUCUAAAAUGUCAGGACAGUGGUGUCUACAAUUGCUGUACUGCUAGGACUGAGACAACAGCUUCUGUUGUUAUAAAAGAGGCUUCACCAAAUACUAAAGACAUCCCUAAAGCCCCACCAAGAUCAAAAGGAAAAAAUGGUCAGCUAAGUGUUUUUGUGGAAGAACCAUGCAGUGACCUGGUUCAAAGUAAACAGGUGUCAGUGAUCGAGACAACAGACAACACUAUCUUAGAACCAUCAGAAAUUCACUUCCAACAUCUCUUUGAGAAAGAGGCAGAUGACCAAGCAGUCCAGAGGAAAUCAUUAGUGAGACAAAAGGGAAAAAAUGGGAGUCCUAAAAUGACUCAGGUUGUACACAAGUUUGGUCCUACCAUGGAAGAACCUGAAAUUCCUUCUCUUUCAACCCAUGUACACGAAGAACAAAGAAAAAAAGGAGUGGAUGCAGAUUCCAAAAAGGUUGCUGGGAUUUCUAAAUACCAGCACAAUGAAGAGAUCUCAGUGCAAGCUCUGAAGAAAACUCCAAGCACAGAUACAAAUGAACAUAAAGGCAAGGAACUACCCAGAGACAUUCCCCAGCCUUCACCCAGGUCAAAGGGUAAGGUCACACAUAUUAAUGUUUCACCCCCAGACCAACACAGUGUUUUUGAAGCAAAGAUCCAGAGUGUUGUCAAACAGCCAACUGUGGACAUGGAGUCCAACAAACAGGGUGUGGUCAUGAUGUCAAGAGUGGAGACCCCAAAGGCAUCAGAGUAUGUAACUCUAGCUCUCCCCAGUGAGGUCUCCCAGCCUUGUGUUGAAUCCAAAAGGCAACCCUAUGUCUUGAAAGUAAAGAACCAGGGUAUGGACAUAAAGCAAACUGUGAAUGCUACUUCAAAAACAUCAGAAUAUAAAUAUAGUUCUCCAAGCCUCUCCAAAGAAAGGGCCCCCCAACACACUGAAGUAUUCCAAAGUGUGGCCACAGAGCCAAUUGUGGACAUUGUCUCCAUGGUAUUAGAAGAUGAUGAAUUGCACUUCCAUAAGGACAAAGAGUGGGAACAAAAUAAAGUAAGUGUUGCCACAGAGCCAAUUGUGGACACCAUCUUCAAGGCAUCAGAGGACGAUGAAUUGCACUUCAGGAAGUAUAAAGAUAAGGAGCCAAAAAAGAAAUUCUUGGAUAAAAGUGCACUAUAUGAGAGACCAUAUGUCCAUUUUGAAAGGGGUUCAGAAAUUGAAAAGAUAAAAUUCAUAGAUGAACAUUACGGAGAAGUGCCAAAGCAUGCUGAAGAAAGAGCUCCAAAACCAAGAAGCUCCAAGGAUCAAGAGACAAAACCAAGAAAUAAAUUACUGGAUCAAAUUGUAAAAUCUGAGAAACCAAUUGUCCAUUCUGAAAAGAGUCCAGAAAUUGAACAGGUUAAAUCAAUAGAUGAACAUCAUAGAAAAGUGCCAAAGCAUGUUGAAAAAAAAGCACCAAGUGUUGUUAUAACAAGCCAGAAACUUCAAAAACAAAUAUUUUCUGCAGAGAAAGCUGAAGCAAUGUCUUUUAGUGAAGUGCAGAGGAAGUCACAGGAAGUUGAACAGAGUUUACAACACAUGGACAACAGAGGUCAGGUCAUGCUUGAAGAAUAUGUUUCUCGGGGAUCUAUAACUCAAGUCCAGGAGAUGACGACAGAUCAGAUCACGUUAGAUGCUCAAAAUGUGGAUACUAACAAACAGAAUAUUUCCCAAGCAGAACAAGGUAGUUUGGAUAGCCCUGGGAUAGACAUAGAUUUUGAGGAUGAGCCGGAGAUGCUGGAGGCUGCCAUUAAGAUUCAAGCUGCUUUCAAGGGCUACAAAACUAGAAAGGAUAUGCGGCCUGUAUUCAAGAAAGUGUUCAAGAACCAGAAUAUCGAAAUUGGUGGCACAUCAUUCUUAGAGUGUGUGGUGGAAGGUAGAAUUGCCAUUGUGCGCUGGCUUAAAGAUGGAGUAGAUCUCAAGCCAGGGAAAAGGUACAAAAUCACCCAUAAUGAGGAUGGUAGGUGUCUUCUAGCAUUUUCCAGUGUUACAACCAAAGAUGCUGGAAUCUAUACAUGUGAAGUAGAAAACAAGUUUGGAACAAUUAGUUACAAUGGGAAUGUGACAGUGGGUAAACCUCAAAAGCCAUCUCUGACAAGUCAGACUGCACAAACACCAGGUACAGAAAUUGUCUCUGGGAAAGAGACUUUACAGACACUUAACACCGAAGAGGAACUAUUGAGACUUGCCUAUGAUCUACCGGCAGAUGACACCUACAGCAAGAUCAAGGAGAAGAGGAGAAGUCUAAUAUCAGUCAGCUCGAUAUCCUGUCACUCAGAUUAUGACACAGCCCCUGAUGCUGAGACAGAACACCUAUCUUGGGGAAAAGAGCCAGAGAAGUCAAAAGCUGAAGCUCCAACUACUCAAAGUUCUGAAGAAAAAAAAAGUAAUAGUGCACAACCCCCAAAUACUUUAGGCCAGCUGAAAGUGAAAGAUGCUAAUCCACAGAGCAGAACGCCUUCCCCUAAACGCAUACAUUCCUACAAGUCCUCUGCAAAUAUUGAGUCAUUCUCAGAGUCAGAUGGAGAUGAAGACAGAGGAGAGACAUUUGACCUUUAUGUAGCCAAAACGGAUUGUCAUCCUAUUGGAGGAAACAAAGAGGCAUUUUUACUAAAGGAAGGCCAGUUUGUGGAGGUCCUGGACUCAGCUCAUCCUGUGAGAUGGCUUGUCCGUACGAAGCCAACCAAGAUCACACCAUCCCGUCAGGGCUGGGUUUCCCCAGCAUACCUAGAGAAAAAGAUAAAGGAAAUCUUUUCAUUGGGCCAUGAAUUAGAGACAAGAGAUACCCCUGAAAAAGGCAAAAAAAUGGUCACAAAGGAUGAGCACAGCUUGAACCAAAGUCAGUUGAUCAAAGGACUGCUUGAUGGUGAGAUCGAUUUUGUGCGGGAGAUAAACUUCUUUUUGGAGCACCAUUUACAGUACUUAGAUACAAGCUCUCAAGUUCCUCUCACCAUCCUCAGCCAAAAAGAGUAUAUUUUCCGCAAUAUCAGGGAUAUUGCAAGCUUCCAUGAAUGCUGUAUUCUCCCAAAACUGGAGAUGUGCUUCUCCGAUGAUGAUGUAGCCCAGUGUUUUGUCAGUUAUUCACCAGACUUUGAGAUGUAUCUCCAGUAUAUUACAGGCCAGCCCCAAGCUGAAGCCUGCAUCUCAGACAAAAACACGCAGUAUUUUUUUAAGCAAUAUGCAGACACAGAGUUGGCACCUUUGGAUACACAGGUCUUCAAUGUUGGCAAAUAUUUGCAGAGACCAAUGGAGAGAAUUCAAACAUACAAGAAUGUACUUAAGGAGCUGAUCAGAAACAAAGCAAAGGUUGGACAGAACUGUUGUCUUCUGGAGGACGCCUUUGCCAUGGUUUCCAGCUUGCCUUGGCGUGCAGAGAACUUGCAUCAUCUGUCCAUGAUUGAGAAUUACCCUGCACCUCUUAAGGGUCUUGGAGAGCCUAUUAGACAGGGCCAUUUUACAAUAUGGGAGGAGGUUCCUGAGGUCAAGAUUUCUCAGAGAGGACAUCACCGCCAUGUCUUUCUCUUCAAAGACUGUGUUGUCUUCUGCAAGCCAAAUAGAGAACUCAGCACAUACACUGAGUCCUACAUAUUCAGGAAUAAAAUGAAGUUGAGUGAUAUUGAUGUAAAAGAUACAGUGGACGGAGAUGACAGGUCAUUUGGUCUGUGGCACGAGCACCGGGGAAUGGUGAGAAAAAUUAUUCUGCAAGCUCGGUCCAUCCUCCUCCGCCUUUCCUGGCUCAAAGAUCUGAGAGACCUGCAGCAGCGCAGCAAACAGCCCACUUGGAGUGCCCCAUGCUUUGAGCAGCAUCUUACUGACUUCUCAGCAAAGCUUGGGCAAACUAUAAAACUGACCUGCAAGGUCACUGGUACACCAAAACUGGCAAUAAAGUGGUAUAAAGAUGGUUAUGCUGUGAAGGAUGACCAGCAUCACAUUACCUCAGAAGGACAGUUGGGUGCUUGUUAUCUUGUUCUGACUGGUGUCACAGUGGCGGACUCAGGUCAAUAUAUGUGCUAUGCAACCAAUCCAGCAGGCAACGCAAGCACCUUGGCUAACAUCAUGAUUGAUGUGCCUCCAAAUUUCACAACCAGACUACAAAAUGUGCUGUUUGUGAAGGGUCAAGAUAUGCAGUUCAAGUGCUCCACAAAAUCGACUCCUUUACCAUCAGUGAGGUGGUUUAAGGAUGGUAUUCAGCUUGAGUAUAACAGUAAACACAAGAUUCAAUCUGAUGCGCAAGCAGGAAUUCUUACUCUCACUGUAAAGCGAGCUGAAGAGGCAGACCUGGGUCAAUACCAGUGUGAGCUACUGAAUGAAGUGGGCAGUGCCAAGUGUAAAGCUGAACUAUACUCUCCAGCACCCAUAGCUGUGACAGCCAACAACCAAAACCAAUCACAAACUGCCCCUACCCCAGUCCCAGAGCAGGAGACUAAAGAUCCAAUCAAAACCAUCACCAUGUUUAGUUUCAACUGUGAGCAAUUAAAGGAUAUGAAGAAGUGUCUCCCACAUGGAAGAGAUCCGUUUUUGAUAAACAAAAGGAGACAUGGGAGAAACGAGCCCCAAUCAGGAGGCUGGUCCAGUUCCUUUGUGAAGAACCUGUUUCAUAUACUCUUUCAGCCUGGAUACCCUGAACAAAGACCUGCUGCUGGCAUUGUAGAAACACACACUCAUGAACGACACAGUGCUUUGGAAAGGCAGACACAGGCUGCACAGGAGGAGGAACCCAUGGGUCCUGAUGAAACACUUUUCUAUUUAGAAACAAAGGAGGAGAUGCUGACAGAGCAUCCUGUCGUGCAAGUUGGCAUAGAAGACUUGACAGUCCUGCCUGGUCAGCCAGCAACCUUUUCUGCCAUCAUUACUGGCCAGCCCAUCCCAGAGAUUCAAUGGUUUAAGGAUGGCAAGGAAAUCUUAGCCAAUGAGUACACCAAAACCGUCCAAAGUAGUGCACGUUGCUCCCUCACUUUGCUGGACACUCACACAGAAGAUUGUGGCACCUACACCUGCAUUGCUAGCAACAGUGCAGGUCAAGUCACUUGCCAUGCCAAACUCACUGUUGACACUGGUCCAGAUGACAUUGAGGAGGAGAGAGAGGUGGAGUUUGGGAAAAGACGGAAGCUUCAUUCUGUAUAUGAUGUCGAUGAGGAAAUCGGAAGGGGCACUUUUGGGGUGGUUAAAAAAGUCACACACAGGGCAAGUGGUGAAUGCUUUGCCGCUAAGUUCCUUCCACUCAGAAGCAGCACAAGAACCAGAGCAUUUCAGGAGAGAGACCUACUGUCCCGUCUGGCACAUCGUAGACUUGCAUGCCUCAUGGACUUUUUCUCCACCCGUCGCACCCUGGUGUUGGUUAUAGAACUAUGUUCUACGCAAGGGUUACUAGAUCAUUUGUUUUUAAAGCGAUCAGUUACAGAGAAGGAGGUCCAGUCAUAUAUUCAGCAGAUUCUGGAGGGCAUUGGAUACAUACACAGCAUGAACAUCCUACAUCUGGAUAUCAAAACAGACAAUAUUCUAAUAGUGUCCCAUGGGAGAGAAGACAUCAAAAUCUGUGACUUUGGCUUCUGCCAGGAGAUUGACAACUCCAGACACCAGUACAGCAAGUUUGGGACACCCGAAUUUGUUGCUCCAGAGAUUGUCCACCAAGAGCCUGUGACUGUUGCCACUGAUAUCUGGUCUCUUGGUGUUGUUGCUUACUUAUGCUUAACGUGCCACUGCCCUUUCUUUGGGGAUAAUGACCGUGCCACACUGAUGAAGGUAGCUGAUGGGGUGAUAUACUGGGAUACGCCUGAAAUCACAAGCAGAAGUGUGGAGGCUCAGGACUUCCUACAUAGGGUUCUACAGCCAGACCCAGAAAUGAGACCAUCUGCUUCUGAAUGUUUGAGUCAUGUGUGGUUUCAGGGUCAUUAUGAAGAUGAAGAGCCAGAGGACAUUAGUACAAAAAAUUUGAAAUCGUUUAUUUCAAGAAGGAAGUGGCAGCGUUCUUUGACAUGUCUUGGCUCUGUGCUUACUCUGAGACCAAUCCCAGUGCUGUUGGAGGCUCCUCUGCGUGAGGUUUCAAUUACAGCCACAAGGGAAACCCAGGAGCCCAGCAGCACCUCCUUAAGUAGUGGGUCCUCUUCAGAGUAUGAUGAGGCAGAUGCAUGGGACUUCUUCCAGCAGGUCAGCCAGGAGGAUGAAGAUGAUUUGGAGGAAGAGGAUGAUUAUGACCCAUACGCUCAUGUGUCAAAGAGGCCUAUGGCUCUAAAACAGGAGGAAGAUGUGCUUAUCGGUGAGGGGAGAGUUGAAAGAGGCCCACUCAUCAUUCCAUCAAGAGGGACAGAAGUUCUCACACCAGAGCCACUCAGUUUGGAGCGAAGGGACAGUAGCCUCUCAGAGGGAGAUGAGGGAUUGGCUGGUGGGCCUCUGAUACCUCGCUGUAGCCUUAUCAAGAGCACCUUUUACUGUAGCCCUGAGCAGCUCUCGCCCAUGUCUGCUCGUCACAUGAUGCUUCAGGAUAAAAUCCAAGGGAAAAAGCAGGAGCGUGGCCGUAAGCCCCUCCGUUCCAGCCUCUCAGGCAGGCUGAAUGAGCCUCUCAUAGAGUAUGUGGAAGAUUCCCCAGACUUGGAGGCUAAUCGCAGCCAGAGAAGAGGAUCAGUGCACUCAUCUAUGCUGAAGUCAAGCUCAUUUGAUACUGGAGUGAGUGUUGCCCAUCCAAACAUACACACCCAGAGAAGAAGCAGGUCAUUAGAUGUGUACACACAACGUUCUCCAGUUUCAACUGAGCAAAGGCCACAGGGAGAUGAACAUAAUGUCGAAUUGAGCCGAAAAUCAGAUGUCUCUGAUAAAGAAGAGGACAACACUCAAGAGGUCCAAUUGAGAAGGCAACUUUGCUGUCGCUCGCCUGUUUCCGCAAGGAAGGGCCCCUUAGUUAUAGCAAAGGUGAGAGCACAGGUCCAUGAGCCAAAAGAAGGACAUCAGCCAGUGUCCAGAGGCUCAUUUGUGGAUAACAGCCAACUGCAGACCUUUGAAAAAAAAGCAGAACAUUUAGUUGAGGAGGAGAGCAUGGCUGGCUCAAAGCUCUCACUAGCAGAGUCAUACUUGCUUGAACACGGCUCAGAGCCCUCUAGCAGAGUAGGCUCAUAUGAAGAACUCUCUCCCAGUCAACAAUCUGUCUCUCAAAGAUACUUCGGGGCAACUUUUAUUGCUGGAUCCGCUGGAAAGACCUCUUCAUGCUCGCAACUACAGGACUCAGAGGACGAGGAAAUGGACAGAGUUCUGAGAUCUCUUCGGCAAGACCUCCCACAAGCCCCACCAAGACACCGCACCCACAGUUCAAGCUCUGGAACAAAUGAGAUACGCACCAAUAAGGGUAAUGCCCCUCUGAGAAGAAGCUCUUCAGCAGUUCCUACCCAGGCUGCAGUAGCAGAUGGAAAGAGCAAAGAGGUUCUUCAGAGACAUGCCUCUGCCCCUGCUCUACAAGCCAAAACCCCUAGUGGGAAAACAUCUAAGUCUGGAUUCAUAAAGAUUUUCCGCAAGCAAUCAUGGUCUAGCCAUUCUUCUCCUCAGCUAGAGGGCUCAGACAAGAAACAAGCAGAGGGAGCAUCCUCACAGCCCAGGACGCCUCUUCUAAACCUAAGGAAAAAGAUGAGGGCUUCAGCCUCCAGCAUUACAAAACUGUUCAGCCGACAAUCCAGCAAGGAGUCGACAGAAAAGAAGAAAGGCGGACCAAUUGUGAAGAACACCUCCCCUGUCAUGCCAGAAAAAAUGACAUCCAUCUCUGCCAUAAUACCAGCUGCCACCUCGCCUGGAAGUCCUCAGAAGAAGUCCACACUGUUCUCUCUAAAAGUGCCAAUGUUUAAGAAAUCCAAAGAACCAGUCAAGCCAUCAAGGCCAGAUGUCAUUCAGCUUGCAGGGGGCGGAGCUCUUGUUUUCUGGAAACCAGUGGUCUCCAAUGAGCCUAUUACAUAUUGUAUUCAGUACAGUGUAAAUGGUGGGGAGUGGAGAAUAUUGUCUGAGAAUACUACAGACAGCUGUUAUACAGCUAAUGCCCUCCCAAGAGGUCCAGGAUAUAUGUUCAGAGUGUCCUAUAUCACCAAGACAGGGUUGGCCCCUUUCAGCGACCCUUCACCACCCGCCUUCAUGGCGACUCCUUAUGAAGACUUUCAUGUUCCUCUCAUUCAGAUGCAGUCCACUGGGUCAAAGAUCACUGUACCUGGAGGUCUUGGCACUGAGAAGACUUAUAGCUUCCUGUCUGAAAUCAACAGAGGCCGUUUCAGUGUGGUAACCCAGUGUGAGGAUAGCCGCAGCUCUCAGAUGUUCGCAGCUAAGAUGACCCCUUACAGGCCAGAGCAGAGGCAACUGGUUUUGAGGGAAUAUCAACUGCUUCGCCGGCUCAGCCACCCUCGCCUUGUCCAGCUGCAGUCAGCCAUUCUCACCCCCACCUGCCUGGUGCUUAUAGAGGAACUGUGCUCAGGACGAGAGCUUCUGUAUAACCUUGCAGAUAGGGAUCUCUAUGCAGAAAUUCAUGUUACUGACCUGCUAGAGCAGAUUCUGAGUGCUGUGGAUUACCUACAUAGCCGACGCAUCAUACACCUGGACCUAAAGUCAGACAACAUGCUGGUGACAGGCCGAAAUGUAGUAAAGAUUGUGGAUUUGGGCUCCGCUCAGCCCUUCACUCUGGGACAGGCUCUGAACAUUGAACACAUCAAAGAAAUAUCAGAUAACAAAGUUUAUAUUGUCCUUCCUAAAGCUCCUGAGAUCUUGGAAGGACAAGGAGUUGGGCCUGAGACUGAUAUAUGGGCUGUUGGUGUUUUGGCUUUUAUCAUGUUAAGCGCAGACAGUCCCUUUCACGCUGAUUUAAACUGGGAGAGGGAUCGCAACAUUAAAAAAGGCAAGAUCCAGUUCGGCCGCUGCUACCCAGGCCUCUCGGAAGGAGCCAUCAACUUCAUGAAGAACACCCUGAGCAACAAAGCCUGGGCAAGACCAACAGCUACAGAGUGCCUCCAAAACCCCUGGAUACAAGGAGAGUGUCCUCCCUCCAAACACAGUGACUCUGUGGUCUGUUUUUCAACAGACAAGCUGCAGGCUUAUCUCAGGGAAAGAGAGGUCAAGCGAGACCAUGCACGCACGAAAAUAAAACUACCCCUCUCAUAAUUCAGACGAAUCUUAAAAAGAACAUAUUUGGAGGCUGGAACUAUGGAAAGGCUUUUUUCUAGUUGUAUGCACAGUCAAGUAUAUUUUGUGCUGUUCUCCCACAACGGGGAAAAUUGCAGUGUUUUAGCAAUAAUAAUAAUUAUAUUAAUACAUUUUGUCAGCAUUUCUUAUGAUAAAAUCAGACAAUGGCUAAUGUCUGUUGCUUUGUAAUCAUUCAAACAGUGACCCAUUAACAGAAACACUAUUUUACAAUAAACAGUAGAAUAUGUGGGUAUUUAGCUCUUCAACCAUUUCAACAAUCAGAUGUGGUUUGAUUAUUCUGCUAAUCUGAUAUUACUGAAGAGAUGCCAGAAAUAUCUAUAAUUUUAAAUACUGUUCAGUCCUUAAUUUAUCAUAUGUAUCACUGAUAUAGUUGAAGUCAGAAGUUUACAUACACCUUAGCCAAAUACAUUUAAACUCCGUUUUUCACAAGUCCUGAAAUUUAAUGGUAGAAAACAUUGCCUGUCUUAGGUAAGUUAGGAUCACUACUUUAUUUUAAGAAUGUGAAAUGUCAGAAUAAUAGUAGAGGGAAUGAUUUAUUUCAGGUUUUAUUUCUUUCAUCACAUUCCCAGUGGGUAAGGAGUUUACAUACACUUUGUUAGUAUUUGGUAGCAUUGCCUUUAAAUUGUUUAACUUGGGUGAAGUUUAACUGAGUCAGGUUUGUAGGCCUCCUUGUUCGCACAAGCUUUUUCAGUUCUGCCCACAAAUUUUCUGUUCGAUUGAGGUCAAGGCUUUGUGAUGGCCACUCCAAUACCUUGACUUCAUUGUCCUUAAGCCAUUUUGCCACAACUUUGGAAGUAUGCUUGGGGUCAUUGUCCAUUUGGAAGACCCAUUUGCGACUGAGCUUUAACUUCCUUGAGAUGUUGCUUCAAUAUAUCCACAUAAUUUUCCUUCCUCAUGAUGCCAUCUAUUUUGAGAAGUGCACCAGUCCCUCAGCAAAGCACCCCCGCAACAAGAUGCUGCCACCCCAGGUGUUCUUCAGCUUGCAAGCCUGACCUUUUUUCUUCCAAACAUAACGAUUGACAUUAUAGCCAAAAAGUUCCAUUUUUGUUUCAUCAGACCAGAGGAAAUUUCCCCAAAAACUAAGAUCUUUGUCCCCAUGUUCAUUUGCAAACUGUAGUCUGGAUUUUUUACGGUGGUUUUGGAGCAGUGGCUUCUUCCGUGCUGAGCAGCCUUUCAGGUUAUGUCAAUAUAGGACUCGUUUUACUGUGGAUAUAGAUACUUGUCUACCUGUUUCAUCUAGCAUCUUCACAAGGUCCUUCGCUGUUGUUCUGGGAUUGAGUUGCACUUUUCACACCAAACUUCGUUCAUUUCUAGGAGACAGAAUGUGUCUCCUUUCUGAGUGGUAUGAUGGCUGCGUAGUCCCAUGGUGUUUAUACUUGCGUACUAUUGUUUGUACAGAUGAAUGUGGUACCUUAAGGCGUUUGGAAAUUGCUCCCAAGGAUGACCCAGACUUGUGGAGGUCCACAAAUUUUUUUUUCUUAGGUCUUGGCAGAUUUUUUGUCAAGCAAAGAGGCACUGAGUUUGAAGUUUGGCCUUAAAAUACAUCCAAAGGUACACCUCCAGUUGACUCCAAGUAGCCAAUCAGCCUAUCAGAAUUUAAUUGGCUAAUUGUCUAAAGGCUUGAUAUCAUUUUCUGGAAUUUUUCAAGCUGCUUAAAGGUACAGUUUACUCUGUGAAUGUAAACUUCUGACCCACUGGAAUUGUGAAAUAGUAAAUUAAAAGUGAAACAAUCUGUCUGUAAACAAUUGGAAAAAUGACUCAUGUCAUGCACAAAGUAGAUGUCCUAAAUGACUUGCCAAAACUAUAGUUUGCUAAUAUGAAAUCUGUAGAGUGGUUAAAAAAUGAGUUUUAAUGACUUCAACAUAAGUGUAUGUAAACUUCUGACUUCAACUGUACUGUCACUGAGACAAUGUAGAACAAUAGCUAUAGGCCUAUCAAGGCAGAAUGUAGAAGGUGGUAUCCCUGUUUUUGCAGUAUACAUCUUUCUGUGUUAAUGAUUAUGUGUUUUUUUGUGUUAAUAAAAUUAACUGGCAUGCUUUAUCAGGGAGUGCUUUUUCCUGUGUGAUUUAAAUUAUAUAGUUAACUGCAGUAUUUUAUUAAUAAUUAUGUUAUAUGUUAUUUUUCUCCUGAUAUAUCAUAAUGUGUCAAAUACAUAUAAAGACUUUUGAUUGGUUUUGGGGUAAUGGGAUGGCUUGUUAUGCAUGCAUAUUUUCUUCUGCAUUAUUUCCAAAACUGACUUGAUCAAAUAAAAGGA